CGUCACUCGAACAAAGAGACGAGGCUACCCCGUUCGUGCUCGUGAGCGCUGCCAUUAGAAAGUCGUCGGCAGUCGAUGAACGCGGAACCUCCGCGAGUUUGGACAGAGAGAGCGAGAGGGAGAAAGAUAAAGAGAGCUGGUCCAUCGGUUCGGACGUCGCGAUCAAGUUUUAUCAGCCUGAGCCAAUCUGCCGGGACUCGACGACGGAAAGAGAAAGAGAGAGAGAGAGAGGGAGUGAGAGUGGCAGUGGAAGGUUCGGAGGAGAGACAACCCCCCGGCUUUAGACAUCAGCUCCAGCAGCUCCGACCCACCGACGGACGCGACGGUCCCGGAUCGGCCGAAUCGUCGGAAUCGAUCCGGUGAAACGAAGCGUGAAAAGGAAAACGCGCCUUUCAUUCGUACGAGACUCGCUGCUAAGGAACUCGGCGCGAGGACGAGUCGACGACGAGGCGAAUUGGCAGGCAACGAGGCGAGCGUUAAGAAACGACGCGUGGACGCUCGCCCGACUAAUCGAUCCCCCACGUACAUCUGUUACAUCCGUUACCGUGCGCCGGAUUGCAUCCUCAUCGGUGAGGAUCUUCGAGGGACGCUCCGGCGGUUAGCCCAUCGCGCUGGAGGGUCGAGGACGUACGACGAGCGCUGUAGAGUGCUACGCAGCGACGUGGCGACGACGCCAUUUUGUGGUGACUGGUACUGUGUGCUUCUUUCGGCAUCAACGCCGUCGAGCUUACUCAUCGCCACGCCGUGACCCGUGACCCGUGACACGCGCGUAUCUCUGAUACUCGUCGUCUUCGACACCGGUGUAAAACGGCGUGCUGCGCUUUUAUCCUCCGGAACUGUGGAUCGCGAGAGACAGCGAGAGAGAGAGAGAGAGAGAGAGAGAGAGGUAAACAGUGCCCGUGUAUUUGAGCAAGAUUGACGACGAGUGCGUCAUCGACGUGACUUUCAUCCGCGCGCACCGCGUCAAUCCCACCGCGAUACAAAAGAGAUUGAGAGAGAGAGAGAGAGAGAGAGAGAGAGAGAAUUUUCUGUUGGAUUAUCGUCAUCGACGCCUUCGCCCUGGGUCACCACCGACCAUGAGACUGGAAAUCGUGUCGGCGGCGGAUUUUCUGGUGCACCUGCUGCGCCUGCAGGCGGGUCAGCUGUCGGAACGGCAACUGGAGAUGUUCAAAUCAUCGUUGACGGAGGUGUUGCGCCACCGUUAUCGGGAUCACUGGUUCCCAGAUCGGCCAAAUCGCGGCUCCGGCUAUCGUUGCAUACGCAUCAACGGUAAAAUGGAUCCGGUAAUCGCGCAGGCUGGGGCGAACGUCGGCCUCUUGCCGACGGUACUGCACAGCCUGUUCCCCAGCGAGCUUACAAUGUGGAUCGACCCGUCGGAAGUGUCGUAUAGAAUCGGCGAAAAUGGUUCCAUCUGCGUGCUGUACGAGCGUACCGAGGCCGAGAACGUGGAAGAGAUCUCCCAGCAGCAGCAGCAUCAGCAACAGCAUCAGCAACAUCAUCAGCAGCAGCAGCAACAACAACAUCAGCACCAUCAUUCGCAGCAACACCCACAAGCGCCAACUAUUAUGCCGUCGCCAUCUCAGCAACAACAACAGCAACAAUUCGAAACCUGCAAAGACUCUCUGUUGCUGGAGCACACGCAAUUCAGCGAGCAGAUCGCCGCGUACGUCUCCAGCUGAAUCGCCGGGCUCGCCGUCGCGCUCGUGUCUACGCUUCUGAAAUGAUCUACUAUAUAAGCGCACGUGCAUCUCGUGAUAUGUGAUAUCCCGCGUGAUGAUUGUGUCGCGUCGGACCGGGUACGUCCGCGCGCUCCUCAACCUUUUGUGAACUCCAAACGUGCGUGCGUCCCUUCCUUUGCGUUUUAUCUUUUCUCUCUCUCUCUCUCUCUCUCUUUCUCGUCCUUUUCCUUUCUCGGUGCACCGAGAAAUAUCCAGCCAAGAUUCGAGUCGGUCCUCGUUGUCUUCUUUCUUCCUUCUCUUUCUCUCUCUCUCUCUCUUUCUCCUUUCUGUCUCUCGCUCUCUCUCUCUCAAAAGAAGAGAAAAAAAAGUGAAAAUGGAGCACCGUCGUCGAUAAUCUGCAUAUCGUCGGGCCUCGUCUCAGCAGCUUGGAGCGACUUCCUGCUACACACGGCACAAGGGGGAGAGUCCAUCCUUCGGGAGACGCGAGCUCGUCCACGCGCGUCGGUCGGCUCGACUCUAGUCUAGUCUCGCGUUUCCCGAUCCUCUUCUCGCGCGUACGAAGAAUCUCGAGAGUGAAUGAAAACAAGGCAUCUUUGAGAAGAGAAACGUGUCCCCCAAGCACCUAGUCUGUGCGCUAUUUAAACUAACGCGCUCUCUCUCUCUCUCUCGAUCGGAUAUCGGAAAGACAAGACGAGAAGAAAACAACAUGCGUGUCGAGCAAUGGAAGAGUGAAAAAGCGAAUCGACCAGUCGAUUCAACGGCUGCUCCCUUGAACCAUCAUCUCUCAUCUUCAUCGAUCGCCCUUCCUAUCGGCGAGUCUUUUUCGCUGGAGAAGGAUUUCGCGGCCGUCGCAGCGAGAAAGAAGUGAGCGGAGGGUGAGCUCUCUCAGCAGCCGACUAAUUGAUCUCAGCACCUCCUCUACCCGCGUAACCUCCGAGUGUUCUCUCAUCACGACAGCAGCCACGCAGCAGAGGGAGGAACAACGAAGACCAGCCAGUCUCAUCGCCCUUCCUACAUUUUUUCGAGGGAGUAAAGAACCCGUACUCAUACAUUUGUACACAAAACAUAUAUAUGUAUAUGUAUAUUCUCUGUCUCUCGCAUCCUCCCGAAUGACCAGCGUCUUUCUUCCACGCACUUUUUCUCACCGUCGCGGAUCUCGAAUUAAGGUUCGUACACACCGACGAGUAUGCAGAUCGCCGCGGCUGUUUAUAAACAGUUUACCUUUCGAUGUGUAAAAAGCCAAUUUUUUUAAAUUAAAUCCUUUGUGAUAAAGUCCCAUUGAUUGUUUAAAAGAAAGUUAAGUGAUUUACGUUGAAAGUUAUUUACGAUUGGAUACAAUAAUUCUUGUAACCUAUAUGUACGAACUUAUUUCUAUAUUUUCCAUUCUCGCAUCGGUUUGUACAAUCAUAAAGUUGAGAACCACAAAGUAAUGUGAUGAGAGUCAAUCGUUCUCCAUUCUCGUCGUUGAGAAUUUUGUCGAACCUCGCACUGUCAAUGCAGAUUACCACCGAGCCACAUACACACAAAAUCUCGAAUACAUUCAUACAAAACUAAAUACGCACCGAUGAAUCUUGAGCAAACGCAAUCGCGAUGGAUCUCAACGUAAAUCAUCGCUAUCGUGAGCUGUUAAGAUCGUCGGUGCCCAAAUUCAUCGAAUUUGCUCUUCAUUAACGUAAUUUUUUCCACGAGCAUCUGUA